AGGAACGCGUCGCAAAAGUGCGGGAAAUUAAGCUACGCGAAUCGAAUCGGGAACUGUGCUAGCCUAUGCAGGCAGAAAAUGGUUCAAACGCUGAUAAAGAAUGCGGCGCCAAACAAUGAAAGUGAAAUUAUCGGCUCGCAUGCGGUAGAAUGUUCAGAACGAUGAAAAGUGGAUCCAUUUCGCCGUACGAAGAGUUUGGAUGAAAAUUGUGUCAACUAGGCUGGCUGCACGGAUCGAACGAGUUGUGCGGGCUGACAAGUGCAAACCUGAUAGAUUUCCAUUUAGAGUAUUAUCGUUUUUUGAUUGUGAACAGUAGUUCAAACCUUAUAAAUAUGGUCAACCCAGCUGCCAGAGUAGUGAUUAAAUUUGUUGAAUUAUUAGCGUGUGUUUCGUGUGUUAUCGCUAAAAUCAUUACUGAUCACGAAGCGCGCCGAGUUUUCGUGAGGAAUCAGAAAUUAUCUAGAGAAUGGAGUCUGAUACACAACAUCACCUGGAGCACCGGUGGCAACGCAUUUACCAAUAUUGUCUACGGCGGCUACACGAUAGUCAUCGCACUCAUGCUAAUCACAAGAUGUGUGGACGCCAAAUCACGACCGAAUCUGUUCGAGAAAAUCGUUCUUUCCUUAGGAACGCUAUUGUUCUUCGCUGCCGGUGGCCUGGUUUUCGCUUCGAUAGACCAAGUACAUCCGGACCUCCAUGACAACGCAAUCAUUCUCGGUUGUUUAUCGUUUCUGGUAGCGAUACUGUUCGUAAUCGAUUUGGCCGAUCCGUUGGCCAGAAUGACCGCCCACACGACUCAAACCGACAGCUCCUCUCUAGCCGGUGUAUCUCGGACGUCGGAAAUCGAAAAAGAUUCCUUGAAGAAGGACGUUUCCACCGACACGGAAUCACCGGUGUAUCUAAUUACUAAGGAUCGAUACCGCGACAUGAUUGGGCCAGAGCGGGCACAAUUCUACAACGAGAAUGGUCACGAUCAUAGACAAAGUUACCACGAUAGGAAUGAAUCUGAAAGACAGAGCUACCGGGAACGACCAGAACAGCGUCGCCACAGCUACCUGAUCAGAGACGAACCGGAACGACGCAGCACGGAGUCCAUUGUGGAGCGUAAGGUGCUCCCGUCGGUUCAGACUCCUGUUUUCGCCCACGUGCGGGCCCCAGAAGAAAGUCGUCGAAUAGCGGGAAAAGAAAUCCAAUAUCUGCCUCGGUACGAUUACCGAGACCGGCGGGAAUAUCGCGAUGCCGGUCCGUACUCCAGUCGACAGCAGCUUCACCAGCAAUCAUCUCCGAAAGCACCGUCCUAUCACGACAACGAAUCGUUCGUGGAUGAAAUAUCGCCCUCGCGAAGAAGCACCUACGUCCCAGCGGACAAGUUCGACAACGAAAUAGUUCAGAUUAGCGCACGACCUAGACCUCCACCUCCGGCAAAGCCAAAAACUUCGCCACAUGCCCAUGGUUCUGGUGGUUCGGGAUCCAGCAGCAGUGGCUGUCACUGCUCCCACGGGAGUUCUCCACCCAAGCGGAACGGUGUUCAUCAGCCGAAAGAUGAGCCCGACAUCCCAAUUAAGCCCGGGUAUGUGGCGAAUGCCGCACGAAAGUGGGACGAUCGACUGCGCAGCAAAAGUCAACCAAUCAUAGGAUUGAACACGAUGGUCUAGAUUGUAACAGUUUCUUUUAUAUUGAUUAGUUUGUAGUUAAAUAAACGUAUUAAGUUUUCAUCUGAUAAAAAUGCUAGGUAGUGCGAAAAGUAAAAAGUUUUUUUAUACAGUACAAACAACUUUAUUGAUUAUUCAUUUGAUCUCGAUUUUAGUGCGGCGAGAAUGUGAUUCUGUGCACAGGAUUUUACAAACUGUUGGUUAGUUGACAUUUUAACGAUUAUUUAUCGAUGUAUGAUUAUUUUGGUUGAUGCGAGUUGAAAAUAUUUUUUUUUCUAGUCAACGAGU